AUGCCAAUGCCACCAGUCGUCCCCAGCAACGAAAACUACAGGGACAAGUUCCCGGGUGGAGUCGACAUGGACAUGGAGCAGUUGUUUCAAGAUUUCCGUAAGUUGCAAAGUGCAAUGGACACAGUCAUGGGUGCGAAGCUUGAGUUAGAGAAGGAUUUUGCCAGCCUCAGGCACAAGAUGGACUUGAGUCCAUCGGCACUCACUAAUUUUGAGAAGCUUCCUCCGAGUUUGCUGUCAGUGGCACUGCGGGAAGACCAUCCGCCGGAGAACCUGGAGAUGGAGUUUGCCGAAGCCUUCCCCAAGCAUGGAGAGGUCUCAAUGCAAGCCGUUCCCUCCGACAAGCAGAGGAUUCGAGGGACCACGGUGGUGAUGCGUGCGGACUCGGGAUUCCAACCAACCUGCACGAAGGAGCGUGCCUGGUCGUUUCUGACUCAGACUGCGCCUGCACUGGUGAUUGUGUGUAACACCAUUGCGAUGGGAAUGGCCGUUGACAACAUUCCGGACAGUGCUUUCUGGGGCGUUCUAGAGUUGCUUUUCGCACUUUGCUACCUCGCCGAGUUUAUCUACAAGACCCGCACGCAGGGCAUGAAGGGCUACUUCAUGGGACCCGAUUGGAAGUGGAACUGCUUCGACUUCUUCUGCCUCUUGCUUUCCUUCACGGACUCGCUUUUGUUCUUCCUGCUCUUAGCGAAUGCUAUCGACUUCUCCAUGAAUUCAGCAUCGCUGAUCAAGGUGCUGCGCUUGGCGAGAUUACUUCGACUCGUGCGCACCUUGCACUAUGAGUUUUUCAACGAGCUACGAUUGAUCAUCCUGGGUGUGUUCUCGGGACUCAGAGUUCUCUUCUGGGCCAUUGUGCUCCUCUUCGUGCUGAUUUAUGUGUUCGGAAUCGGCAUGGCAACCAUUGCGGGAGAGCAGCAGGCCGAGUUUCAAACCUUGCAGUCGAGCAUGUUCACAAUAUUCCGAUGCUUGACCGAAGGCUGUCAGCGCCUCAGGUCGCCAUGCCGCGGUCUGAAGGACAGGGGAAGCUGCAGUGAGAGCCAAGAUGCUGUAGAUUUGCACAAAGACUUGAAGCUGACAUAUCGCAGCUGA